CGUCAUCUUCCACUCAGAUAUUAUGGCUUUUGGCCUUACGAUUGGAACAGAGCGUGCUGCUGCUUUGGAGCGGGCAAUCCAACAUGAGCUUACGACGAGGGGCUACAGCCCUGAAGGAGACAAUGUUAUGGCAGAGUACAUCACCAUCAUGAUAAUAAACAAUAAGACCUCCGCUCAAGUAACAGCUGAACUGGAAGAUCUAAUUGGGUCAGAUUUUGACCACUCGUUUACCGACUGGCUCUUCCAGGAAGCAGCCAAGGGUGCGACCAGUCCCGACACCAUACCCUCUGAACCCCCCUCUUCUGAGGAAACAUCCGACCCAGCGCCAGUGGCAACCCAAAGUGUGGCUCCCGAGUCAUCGCGGCGGCCACCAAAUUCUGGACGGAGCGGUCUCUAUCAUCAAGCUCUAUCUCAAGCUCUUCCUUCUACAGCACAAAAGCGCAGCGCUCCUGCCCGGUCACCUUCGCCAAGCCAUCCAAGUAAAAUAAGACGAACCGAUGUCCCCACGGGUCCGCGAGCCAUGCUCCGGGAAGGUCCUUCUCCAAACUCGCGGAGUCUUUUAGACCGUGUAGGUGGUAGGAACGGUCCGACGCAGAAUGGUUAUAGCCAAGACGACAUCCAAGCGCGGAUAGACAACAUCACCAACACUCCCGACGCAAAUAUGAUGAUGGCUGCUGGAUUCCCUGGUAUGAAUGGCAUGGACAUGAACGCCAUGGCGGCUUCAGGAAUGGGGAACCCUCUGAUGCUUCAAGAACUGAUGAUGAACCAAAUGGCACUCAUGGCUCAGAUCAGCGGGAUGAUGGGUCCCGGUCAGUUUAAUGCGCCCAGUUUUCCGAUGCAGAACGGCAUGUCUGGGGACAUGAACAUGUUCCAGAAUGGUGGUAUGAAUGGUUUCCAAAAUGGUCCUCAGGGGAUGAAUGGAAACACGAGAGGGCGAGGUAGUGGUCGGGGACGAGGAAACGGACGAGGCAGGGGUGGCCACACGCCAUCGCUAUCCGGCCCAAAAUCGGCGGAAGGCAUUUCAGAAGCAGAAUCAGCACAGCAGGUACCUAUCGCUGUGCCUACCCCAAGUCUUGCGACACAGUCCAAGUCCAUACACGUUGCAGCUUCAUCGGGUGCGUCUCAGCAGCAGCUUGGGUAUGUGUAUCCCGAACGACCUCAAUCACCUACUCUGUGCAAAUUUGGCCUCAAGUGUACGAACCCACAUUGCCGGUGGACGCAUCCUUCGCCAGUCGCCACCGUUGAAAGUGGUGUGGUGACGAGUACAGAAGCUUGCGAGAAGGGCAAAGACUGUAAGGAUAAAGAUUGUGUGAAAGCGCAUGUCAGUCCAGCAGUGCUGACGGCCAAAGAUCAUCCCCCGUCAGUUGCACCUGUCUUGCAACCCUCGCAUCAUCAUCCUUCGUCGGUGGCCUGCCGGUUUGGCGCUGCUUGUACGCGCCCGAACUGUACUUUCUCCCACCCCCCUCGCCCGUCAAAUAACUUGAGCCAUUUUGCUCAACAAUGCCGGUACGGUGCAGGUUGCACCCGAGCGACGUGUCAAUUCCAGCAUCCCGAAGGACGCGUUCUACCGACUUCAUUCCAUCGCGGGCUCUCGACAUCUGCGCCAUUGGUUACUGUCCAGGCACCAGAGGCUGGCUCUAUGGGAGGACCUAGUCCACACAAAAGUGUCAAGUUUAGUAACACGGCCGCGGUGAAGGAGAAAUUGGAGAGGCUUGAGGAAGAGAAGAACCGAGUAGAGAAAGGCCUGAAGUUGAAGGAAGCCGAAGCCGCGAGCAAGGAGUCUAAAUCCCAAGUCGAAAUCACUGCUUGAAACUUCUCCUUUACUCAUCGUUGGCACCCGUCUUAUCAACCUUAAAGUAGCACAGUGUAUUUUCUUUGUAUUGUUGCCAUCACCGUCUUUUAAAUAUUUUUCCCGUUUCUCCAUUCUAGUAUAUACAUCUACUUACAUAUCGUAGCGUAGCUGUCGAUAUAAGGCAGAUGGGAGGGGUGAAAUUAAAUGUUUUUGGCUGGAGGCUCGCAAAAAAAAUAGGCGAUGCCCCAUGCCCACACUCCACAGA